GAACAUGGUUAAUGCCAUAAAUAAUAGUUGAGCUAAGAUAAUUGCGUGGGGCCCAGUAUACCAGCUUGUAAUCUUUAGGUUCCCUCUCAUCGUUGAAUUCUUCUUUGGUGAGAUCUGAUCUCCUUCCUCACCUUACUGUCACCGGAAGAAGAGAGGAGGGUCCGACUUCUUUUUCCAUUAUUAUUGUCAUUAUUUUUGGUUCUGUGUACAGAUUGAAAGGAAACUGUGAAGAAGAGGAGAAGAACUGCAAGACUUCCUGAGAUCUGGAAGUUCUCACUAACUGAAUACAGAUUGGGGAAUGAAAUAACAAAUGGGGAGGAAAGGCAGCUGGUUUUCUUCGAUAAAGAAGGCUUUCAGCCCAGAAAAGAAAGGAAAGAAAGCGAGUAAAUCAAACAAGAAAUGGGUUGAGAAAGAACAGCCUCUGGUUCCAGAAUCUUCUAAUCAAGAAACAUCCAAAGCAUCACCUCCGAACCCACUUCCUCCGGUGGAAGAGUUGAAAUUGGCAGAAGACGAGAAAGAGCAGACAGUACAAUCUUACUCGGUUGCAAUUGCUACUGCAUCAGCAGCUGAAGCUUCUGCUCCUCCAACUGCUCAGAUCGCUUCAGAAGUUGUUCGGCCUACGCCAGCUCACUUUGCCGGCAAAUCAAGGGAAGAAGAUGCCACAAUCAAGAUUCAGACUGCUUUCCGAGGAUACCUGGCUAGGAGGGCAUUGAAGGCUUUAAGAGGGCUUGUGAGACUAAAAUCACUUGUUAAUGGGCCUACUGUGAAACGACAAACUGCAAAUGCUCUGAAAUGUAUGCAGGCGCUUUCUCGUGUACAGUCACAGAUACACUCUAGAAGGAAUAGGAUGCUGGAGGAAAAUCGAGCUCUACAGAGACAACUUUUGCAAAAACACGCAAAAGAACUUGAGAGCUUGAGGAGAGGGGAUGGAUGGGAUGAUAGUAUACAAUCAAAGGAGCAAAUUGAAGCAAGCUUGCUAAGCAAGUAUGAAGCUGCCAUGAGACGGGAAAGAGCAUUAGCUUAUUCGUAUUCUCAUCAGCAAACCUGGAAGAAGUCAUCAAGAUCUUCCAACCUAUUGUUCAUGGAUCCGACCAAUCCUCAGUGGGGUUGGAGCUGGUUGGAACGAUGGAUGGGCGGGAGGUCUUUGGAGCCCCAGAGCAUGUCGGAGAAAGAACUUAAAAACGACCAGUCAUCUGUGAAAAGUGGUGGUGUUAGCAUUAUCGGGGGAGAAAUUACAAGGUCAUUUGCGCGUCAUCAGCUAAACAAUGAACAACCUUUUUCACCAUCGAGCCAAAAGCCCGCAUCAACCCACCAUUCACCCGCCACUCCUGCAUCCAAGCCGCCUGCCUCUUCAAUGGCUGCCAGAAAAACGAAACUACCAAGCCCAAGAGUGAGCGCAACGAGCCAAGAUGACGACACUAAAAGCAUGCUCAGCAUCCAAUCGGAGCGCAAUAGGAGGCAUAGCAUUGCAGGGUCAUCGGUAAGAGAUGACGAGAGUUUGGCGAGCUUCCAGUCCAUACCAAGCUACAUGACGCCCACCAAGUCAGCAAAGGCAAAAACGCGCUUGCAAAGCCCAUUAGGCGUGGAGAAUGUGACUCCCGAAAAGGGAUCAGCGGGCUCCGUGAAGAAGCGGCUCUCGUACCCGCCUUCACCAGCCAGGCCAAGGCGACACUCCGGCCCGCCAAAGGUGAACAUCUCCACUGUUAACACAAAUGGGGAGACCAACUAAAGUGUUCUCACUAAAAUGGUGCUCUAUAAGUAUGUUAUGUUGGUUGAUUUGAAUUCAUAUAUUUGUAUAACUUCCACUUCUCUAUAGAAUUGUACCUUAUAGAUUCAUUGUUGUUUGGUGUCUGGUUCCAGACAAAGAGUCAACAGAGUUCAUUGGACUACAGUCUUCAUAUUUUUCUUUCUUCCAUUGUUGGGAUUGUAACAGUUCAAGAAACCAUCUUUUAUUGAUUCAGAUUGAUUGUAUAUCAUUGUUAUAUUGUCAAUGUACCCAAAGAGUUUGACA